CUUCUCCUGACCAAUCCAGACUCUGAUAGCCUCACACAGCAAAGCCUGUCUGAUGGAGAGGAGCAGCUGGACCGCCUCCAGCAGGCGGAGCUGACUCGAAACACAUGCAUGUCACUGUGGAGGGCAGGUGCAGUCCAGGCCUGGCUGGAGGUUGUCAUGGGAAUGCCCAUGUACAUCCGAGCCUGCUCUGAAAACGUCAAAAGUGGGAAGGUGCUUCUAGGCCUGACGGAUGACGAUUUAGAGCUAGGUCUGGGCAUCAGUAAUCCAAUUCAUCGCAGGAAAAUAAGAUUGGCUAUUGAGGAUUACAGGAGAGCUGAAGGGGACCAAGGAUUAUCAAAAGCAUCUGAGAUGGACCAUCACUGGGUUGCAACAUCAUGGCUGAGUGAUGUCGGACUGCCUCAGUACUCCCAGACCUUUCAGUCUCACUUGGUGGACGGACGAGUGCUUAACUCUUUGAACCGCAGAGACCUGGAGAGAUUUCUCAACAUCAGUGACCAGUUCCAUCAGACCAGUCUACUUCUGGGAAUCCAGCUGCUGCAGAUGCUCAGCUUUGAUAAAGAGGCCCUGCAGGCACGGCGGACAAACUGCGAGCACCAAAACUGGGAUCCCAUUGUUUGGACAUGUCACAGAGUGAUGAAGUGGAUCAGAGACAUCGACCUCAAGGAGUUUGCAGACAAUCUUCAGGGUAAAGGGAUUCAUGGUGCAGUGAUGGCUCUGGAUCAGUCUUUCGACACAGAUGCCAUGGCCAAAGCCCUGGGCAUCCCCAGCAACAAACACAUGCUUCAUCGGCACCUGUAUGAAGAGAUGAAGUCACUCGCUGUCCCUCUCAGUAAUACCGAGCAGGACACUGAGGUGAUUGGUUGUUCCUCUCCUGUCGCUGUUAACCGUUUUGCUGAUGAGAGGAUGUCUAUAAGAAGAUCCGGAAAGAGUCCGCUGAGGUUACGAGCAAACAGCCACUCUGUGGAGCGAAGUCUGGGCUUCCACGGCAGCUGCAGCUCUCUGCCCAGAGAGGCCAGAGUUCAGGCGGUUCCCCGAGCCAAAGGCAGCCCGAUGCACACCUACAAGAGUGUCGAAAUCACCAACGUCUGAACCAGCCUCAGCCAUCGAGAUUUUAACCAUUGUUUACAUUUUUGUUGUGUUGCAGUUGUUUACAGCUGAGAGACACCCACACUGAGCCACACUAGAAUUAUCGGAAGAGAAUGUCUUAAAGGGGUAUGCCACUCGAUUUAGUAAUCUGACUUCUUUAGAGAAGCAUUUACUGAAAACAAACUUUAUAAUUUUGACCUGAUGGACUUGAGAGGAUGGUAACUUAAUAGCUAGGUCCAUUUUUUAUUUUAAUUUAUUUUUAAACUACGUAUUCCAAGACUUUUAUAUAUUAUUGGAAAAGUCAUAUUUGUAUGAUAGAUGAGAAGGCUUAGGACAGACUUAACACAGUUAUAUAAUUGAAAUUAGUGCUCUUUUAAUGCCUUAUAUUAAACAGGUCCAUAUGAUCUUCACAGCACUGUUACUAUUUAUUACUGCUACUUUUUAACAUGUUCAUUUUUUUAAGCUGCAAGUGAAAAACUCUGUUAAAGACAAAAGAAAAGUUGUUAUAACUUACUCUCAGCGUAAAGAUACAGCACAUAUCAGCUGUUAUUCAGAGUAGAUGAGGGCCCUGUUCUUCAUACAUGUCUAACCCAGUUAACCAGACAUGAACGCUGGAUUUGUUGAUUGGAUGUUUCUAAAAUCAGAGAAAGCUGUACAGAACAGAGACAUCUAGAGUGCGAUUACAAUGUUUAAGGUGAUUUUUAUUUAUUUAUGUUUUGCAACUUACAACAAGUACAUUCAAAUAACCAAUCAUAACUCAAAGGACUGUAAAUUAGUAUUCAGUUUUAGAGGCAUUCACAGGUGUACUACAAGAGCUUUGAGAUGGUUGAAGACAGCUUACAAAUUAUGGGUUAAAAGACAACCACAAGAUUCUCACCCUUUAAACCCUAAACAGCACCACCUGGAAUUAUUUUGUUGUUUUAGCUGCAAAAGUGUCAUUAAAUCUACCAUGAGUGUA